AUGGUGGCGGUUGGGAAGGUCGAGCACUCGGCGAACCUCACCAUCAAGGAUGAGACGACCAAGGCGAAGGACGCGAUGAAGUCAUUCUUCCUCGCGGGGCAGGUGUCCAAGGUGGUGAAGGACUUCCAGGUGCAGCGAACGCGCUUCGUCGAGGAGGUGCACAGUCUUCUCGAGCAAAACCUGUGGCACACAGCGCUCAAGGAGCUCCACCGCAACCAGAUCACCAAGCUGCUCUGCAACCCUCUGAUCUGCGACGCGAUCCCGGGUGUCCAGGCCGGGGCCCUGCGAACGCUCGCGAAGUGCGUCCGCGGCACGAACGGCAUGGGCGAGGCGCUCAUCGAGCGCGGGAGCCUCGCCGACGUCGUAGACUCGGCGCAGCACGGGCAGGGCACGGUGACGCAGGCCGCGCACGGCGCCCUGCAGGCCAUCGCGCACGAGUCCGUGAGCGCCGCGCAGGCCGUCAUCGAGGCCGGCGUCGUCGAGAUCAUCCGUGGGCAGCUAGACAUGCAGGACCACUCCCUCAAGGAGGCCGGCGUGAAGACGCUGAACGUGCUGGUGGCCGCGAACGCGGACCUGGCGUCGGACGUGAUGGGCGGGGACAUGCUCGAGGUGCUCGUGGGCCUGUUGGCGGUGAAGGAGGUGCAGGGGGGGUAUAAGGUUGCCAUCGCCAGCACGCUCGCGGACACGUGCUCGCACGGGGAGCCGUUCGCGCAGGCGAUCGUGAACGCGGGGUGCGUGCCGACGAUCUGGCACGUGACGACGCUCAGCGAGGCCGAGCCGAAGGUGCUCGCGGAGCUGUUCAAGUGCCUCGGACACAUCUGCUACUACAACGAGGAGCUCGCGAGCGUCGUGAAGAAGCAGGCCCGCGCGCUCCAGCUCCCCUCGGCGUUCCUGAAGGACCCCGCGGCGCCCCUGCGGCGCGCGGCGUCGGCGCUGGUCCUCCAGAUGCUCAAGUACGGGGGGGACUUUUGCUACAACAUCGUCGAGUCCGGCGACCUCGCGGGCCUCGUGCGCUUCAUCCAGCUCGAGCGCGCGACGCCGAACGAGGGCAUGACGGGCGUGCUGUCCCUCGGGUACAUCGCGCGCGAGGAGGCGAGCCUGGGGAAGGCCGUGUGCGACUGCGGCGCGCUCGAGGAGGUCACGGUGUACCUCCAGGGCAACGACAUGGAGGUCCUCAGCGCGGCGUGCUGGGCGCUGCACUGCGUCGCGCAGCACGGCAAGGAGACCGCGCUGCCCCUCGCGAUGCGCGGCAUGCUCACGGUGCUCCUGGGGGUGUACUCCAAGGCCCAUGAAGGCAGCGAGGCGCAGCUGAACGCGAAGGAGGCGCUGAAGGCGAUCAUUCGGAACUGCGCGACGCCGUCGGCGCUGGAGCCGCUGGUGACGCCGGAGACGCCGUCCCGGAUCAUCAAGCACGUUCUGCGCGUGCUGCUGCGGCUGAUGCAGCACUCCCCGGAGGCGCGGCAGUCGUUCCUGACGUCCGGCGCGCUGCAGCGGCUGCAGCAGAUGGAGGGGGACCUCGGGCUGGCCAGUCUCGAAGUCAUGUCUGACAUCCACAAGUUGUACCCGACUGACGUGGUGCAGUACUACCGGGCCGCGCCCGGGCGGACGACGGGCACGGGCAGGCGGUCCCCGCGCGUGCGGUCGCCUGUCAAGGCGGAGCCGAGCUGA